AUGAGGCUUAUGUUAAUGGUCACAUUCGCUGCAGCUGCAGCAGCUUGUGGCUGGGAUAGGUCCUUGACGAGAGGACAAUUGGAGAAUAAGUUGCAACAGUGGGCUGAUCAGUACAAUGUUAGGGCAAGCUUCGACAAUUUCGUGAAGCGAACUGAUGAAAUCAGGCUGAGAAACCAACAGGAAAUCGCCAACGCUUUAGAGGGACUGAAAGCAUUCUUCACUGAACUGGCUAAGGUNUUCAACUUGCUAACGGUCAAAGCAUCCGAAGCUGCAUCAUGCCUGCUAUGCACAUUCUCUCCCGAGCCGGAAUGUGACUACGGAGGCUACGGUGGAGGCUUCGGCGGUGGCUACGGUGGAGGUUUCGGCGGUGGCUUCGGCGGUGGCUACGGUGGUGGUUUUGGCGGUGGCUUCGGCGGUGGCUAUGGAGGAUUCGGAGGUUACGGCGGCUUUUUCCGAAGCCCUUCUGGGAAACAGCUUGCCAAACCUGACAAAAAACAAAAACCAUCGAAAGGUGCUGGUAAGCUGGAUGUUGAUAGCACUGGUGUAGGCUAUCCGUGGCAUACUGGUAGCUAUCGUGUCGACUUCAAUGCUGGGAACAGAGGACAAAAUGGCUUCGGUGGAGGCUUUGGUUCAGGAAACACAGGUCGUGGAGGAUUUGAAAGAAGNCAAACCUGA